CUGCCCUGCCCCGGGCAGCGCCCCGUCACAGGGCGGGGAGAGGCACGGCAGGAAGUCGGUUCUGGUUCCUGGGUUAAGGCGCCCAGGCAGGAGCGAGCGCCCUGUGCCGGGAGCGACCGCGGGCUCCGUGAGGCGCUCGCUUCCAGUUCCCAAGAUGAUGGCAGUGUAACUUAGAAAAUAUAGCCAUCGAAAAAUCUGUUUUGAAAGCAGAAAUAUAUAGAGAAGUACUUUUGAUUGGAUGGCACCUGUGUUCUCAUCUCUCAUGAAACUAUGAGAGGUCUGUUAACUUGACCAUCUUUCCAGUGAUGAAACAACAUUGGGAAUUAUGGACAAAAACAUUGGAGAGCAGCUUAACAAAGCGUACGAAGCCUAUCGACAAGCAUGCAUGGAUAGGGACCAUGCCGUGAAAGAACUACAGCAAAAAACAGAAAACUACAUGCAGCAAAUACGUGAACAGCAGGAAAAGAUAGAGCUUCAAAACAGCAUUAUUGCAAAACUGAAAUCACAGUUGGCUGCUCUGAAUGCUAAUAGAGGCAAUGCGCAUCCUUACAUUCUGGUGCAUGAAGACAUUGAAACAUCCAACUUACCUUUCAGGCAGCUCUCUGAAAAACUGAACAUAGCAAAACAAAGAGAAAAACUCCUAAAGGAACAGUUAGACAGUGAGAGCAUGAAAUUGAAGCAACUUGAGGACAAAAGCAAUCAAAAGGAAAGGAAGCUUUUAUCUAUUAUUUCCAAUCAAGAUGAUAAAAUAAGAAAUCUGGAAAGCAAAUUGCAAGAAUUAAAUGAAGCACAAAAGGGUAUACAGACACCAACAUAUAAAAGGGAGGUGAAAAGUAAGAAAGUUGUUCCAGAUAAGCCUGAAUUAUCUCUAGGGAUCUCUGGUAUUUCACCUGAAAGAGAGAAUCUGGAGACUAUUUUCCAGGACAUGAAAGAAGAGUGUCGUCGAAUAUGUAUGCUAGCCAGAGAACAAACAGACCAACUGAGUAUAUUUAAGAUAAAGCCAGAACCUGAAACUGAAAUACAGUUUUCCAUGCCGAUACAGUGCACAGAUAAAACUGAUGAACAAGCAGAAGAGCUUUUUAAGCCUCGGGUUAUAAAGGAUAUAAAUAGAGGUGCAUCAUGCAUCACAUCUAUCACACCAAGAGGAGUGGGCCAAGAUGAGGACAACAACUCUGUAGAAUCACUUUCUAAAUUUAAUGUCAAGUUUCCACCUACAGACAAUGACUCUGCUUUCUUGCAGAGCACUCAGGAAAAACCAGCAAUUCCUUGUACUGCUAUAUCUGAAAACAUGCUUCAAGAUCAUCAUUUUAACCUGGAGCACAGAGACCGUGCUGUUAACCUCAGUAAAUUGGAACCUAACUCAUUUGAAGCUCAUGGCAUUGAUCUCAUGACCUCAGCUUUACAAAGUUUAACUACUGUUGACAAAACAAACCCCUCAGAUCAUGCAAAGAUGCCCAUAGAAAAUAUCUGUGACAAACCAUGUUUAAAAACAACAGACAGUGGUUUCACAUUUGUACCUAAGCACACAAACCAGGGUGUACCUGAAGUAAUUUUUUCUUUAGAAGCUGCUGGAACAACCGUCAGAGGUCCUCAUCAGCCCAUUUGGCAGCCUCAAGACAAUGAUUUGCUGGCACAAGCACAUGCAGACUCUGAACUGAAUCAGUGUGGAAUAUGUGAAUUCUGUCGAGAAGUUUUCCCACCAUCUCUAACAUCUAAGGAAGAUUUUCUUCGGCAUCUCAAUUCCCACUUUAAAGUACAGUCUUAAUAAUCAGAAGGAAAGAAGUUCCCUCUCCGAUCUCGCACUCCAAUGAGAUCUCUCUUCCGACUCCCAUGAAAACGUGAAUUCGCCCUAAGAAGCUGAGGAAGUUACCUUCCUUCCCCUGCCUACCGGGAGGAAGAGGGAGCUUCCUGGCCUUGUGAACUUGCUUUUAAAAUCCCUUCCCCGUAUGGCUAUAUCUAACCAGACAAGAGAAAUGCAGUCUUUUCUCCAUUAACUGAGCGGAGGAGUCGCUCAACACACAACACGCUCAACACAUCCUUCCCCAUCCGAGAUAAUAUUAAUUCAGAGGAUGCUCAGGAGAGGCUGUUACCCCUUACGAACAAAAGCACUGGAGGAUCAAGCCGAGAUGCUGCUACCCCCACCCCAUGGUUCUCUCAGCAGAUGAGACUCAGAGGAGGCGAUUUCUUCCCCUCCCUACGGUACAUUCCCCUUUCCCCCGCAAUCAUACAAGGUUAACUCAACAGAGGAGUCUCAAUCCAAAUGGCAACUGGGAUUGCAUUAAAAAAAAAAAAGGAAAAAAAAAGGAAAAAAAUAAAAAAAAAGAAGGAAGGGGGAGAAAAAAAUCAGAAAUAGGGAAAGAAAAGAGAAAAAGCAGCAGGCUGAUUACGAGGUGUCAAAACUGCCAGGAGCAAGAAGGUGAUAGCAAUCAGGGGUGAGAAGAGUGCGCCAUUCGUGCGGGGCAGCUAAUUAUCCGUCUCAUUUGAGAAGAGCAGCAUUCGAGGCAGCAGCGUUCGCCUGCUGAACGGUGACAGAUUGGCGCGGAGGAGAGGGGAGGUGUUAAAACAAUGGAGCCGGGCUUGCGAGCGCUGCUGCAUGCUAAUCAGCCCGGCCUCCUUCCUUCCUUCCCUCCGCCUGCCUGCCUGCCGCGAUCCCUCCUUCUCGCUGGCCGCAUGGCAAGCCCAACGCUACCCGGCCCCUCCGCAGCAGCCCGCACCGCACCCGGCAUAGGUGGUAACCCAGAGAGAGCUCCCGCGGGCCGCGCAGCGGGGCUGGCGGCACCGGGGGACCUAGCAGGCUGCUGGGUAUCAGUGGUAGAUUGCAGACCUCGCCCUCGGCGCCCGGGCUGGCAGUAGCCCGUCAGUGCGCUCCCCGCAAGGGGCAGAGGCGAGGAGCUCUUGGUGCGAGCGCCGCGGGCGCUGCGGGCUGACCUCCCGGCUGUGCCCGCCCCGCCGCAGGCCAGGCCACAGCCGGCAGCCAGCAGGUUGCCCAGUGAGAGACAAUCUAUUGCCGCACCCCAGACCAGGCCGCCGAGAUGAGGGAAGUGCAGAGCUGUGCCAAUUACUGAUGGACUCCAGGGGCUCCAUUGCCCUCUCAGCUCUGCACGGGAACUAGAGACCGGAAUGCUAAAACAUGCAGUAAGCAAGUGGCCUCUCUUCACCGCUGCCUUUUGCCUCUCGGAUUGCUUGGCCUUGCAAGCCUGAAUGACUCUGCGUGUACACAGUGUGCGCCUUGUGAGGAGGCACUGAAAGGUCUGGCCUUCUCUCAGACCAGGAACCACCGUUCCUUUCCACAAACAGUGCAACAGGGUCUGCAGAGACAGCAGAAACGCUUUCUGAGGGAUCUCUUUGGCCCUAGCUUUCCCGGGAAGUCCAUGCUCUGCAAGACUCCCAGGGCAAGCCCCGGGGCUGGAGCAUUAACAGCCCAGCUACAGUAAGUGCUCCACUCUGCCAGGGAGAAGCAGAGGAAUGAGCGUUGGAAUGUUUACUCUCCAAUAUUUCUCAGUUUCCAUUCCAUCCUGCCCUGAAAGAUUUUUGAUUACUAUACACUUCAAAAUAGUAUUUAUUACAGAUUUACAUAAUCUGUAUGUUUUAUGUUAAGGCAAUAACACAUUGAUGCUGUACUACUGAAAGGAGUUAAUCUAAACUAUGUAGUGUCUGUUGUAACAGAGUUCCAACUAAAACAUAUCCUUGCUUUCUGGCACUGACAAGAAACACGUAUCCAGAAGGACAUUGCCCAGCACAUUAGGUAAACUGCCAGGUGAAGCCGUUGCUCGACUCCUGAACCUUCACUGGGUUAUGGAUCAGCACUUGGCCAAAUUAAAUGAUGUAAGUCUGUGUGUAACCUCACAUUUAAUUAAACAAAUGUUAUUUCAAAUAGCAUGUGUCUGGUUUACAGCAGGAUUCAUGGGAAUAGGAAAACACUGAAAGGGAAUAAACUGGUUUAGGCCUGAGGUAAGCAGCAUGAUAACUCAGGUUGAAUGCUAUUUAAAGUAGAUUUGAGUGCAUGUACAGCUAGGCGGUAGUAAUAGCGUUUAAAUUUUGUUAUUCUAAGUCUGUCGUUGAGUGUACUUGAUGAGAUUGUCCAUGAGCAUACAGAUGGUGAGAUUUUCAUGCUUCUGUGGCAUACUGACAUCUCAGGCUGUAAAAAUAAAUUCCCAGAUCGCUGUAAUACCUAAGAAAUAGAAAAAUGCAGUCCACCUUAAUGCUCUAUAUUUGAGUCCUUUAUGUUUUAAGAGAUUUUAUAUACUAGAUGCAUAAGUUUGUGCAUAUUAGGAAGACAUUUACAGUAUAAAGCAAAAUUUGAGAUAAACUCUGCACCCUUUUUUUUUGUGCUUCUGAAUUUAGAGAUAUGGGGGAUGGAGAUAAAAACUUGGUUUGCUAUUGUCUGUAUUUUUUUUUUUUACUAUAGUUGUGGUUUGUUUGUGGCCCCUACUACCAAAAACCAGGUCGUGCCAAACCAAUACAUUUGUACGUAAGGAUAAAAAGCAGAGAUAAGUUUUCAUUAGGUCAAGUUUACUUUUCAUUAAAAGAUUCUUGGAUUGUUUCUUCAUUUCAUAUAAUUUUUCAAGUUGAAAACAAACUGUAUAUCUAUUUUGAUGAUUUACACGGCACUAAAAAGGUAUUUGGAUCAAAAAUGAAUGCCAAGAUAUUUUCUCUGCUAUAAUAAGUUUUUCCCUGCCUAAGAAGCCAUAAUGUGGAGCAAUCCAUGCAUCAGCCUGUUCAGCCCAGAAACCAGCACUGAUAUUGCUCAUAAAUAUCCAGGGUAGGGCAUCCCUAUUGGUUACUGCCUGGCCGCAGACAAGGUACUGUGCUUAUCCAGGUUUCUGAACUGACCAAAUUAAAAUUUUAAAUAAAAAUAUAUAGCAGGGUGAUAUGGUGCAAAUGAGCUAAAAGAAAAACAUUUUGCAGAGACAAGUACAUAGUUUAAAAAGGUUUAAAAUAUUCAAUUGGUGUAAAAAAUAACUACUUGUAAAAACGUGUGUAUUUUCAUUAUGCUUAAUUUGCCAUUCAAAACAAGUUUUUCUUAAUAAGCUCUAUUGUUUCUAUCUGUUUUGUGAAAUGUAAUACGUGUGAGACAGAAAGCAGACUCGGAAUGUGAAUGAGUUUUGUUUUCUCUUUCUCUCUUUCUUUCGUUUUUAAAGUACAACUUUAUUCAUAUUCACAGGGAUCUUUAAGUUGAGAAAAGGAUUAAUGGAAGUGGCAUGACACUCCUGAGGUCACGCUCUGAAAAGAUGAAACAUGAAAUUCUGUCUGCUAGUCUUUUCCUAUAUCUUAUUUGCGUGCAACAGAAAAGUCUCCAUAAGCAAAAAACACUCUAUAGUUAAUAGUUAUGUUUUCGCUUUCAGCAAUGACACAAGCUUUGCCAGGUUUU